UGACGGUGGGGCGCGGAGCACGCUCUCUCGCGGUAGCUGCGCCAAGCGUCAGUGUCAAUAUGGCCGUUGACGUGAGCGCAGUAUGCGUAAAGACGUGGACGCGAUAGUAGUCUCGGUUCGAUCCCCCCUAACAUGAGGUAUACUGCGACCAGGAGGGACGCUUUUACGUAAUAUAUACCAUCCCCCCGGAUCCGUACAACGGACGUACCCGGCACGUACAGAAUGAACUGCGCCGCGCCGGAGGUGGCGGUAGCCGCGAACGGCGAGCAGAUCGGCGCGGUACAAGAUAUAAAAAACGCAAUGUUUAACAAUGGAGGGUCUAAAAUAAACAGUGACGACGCCAAAUCAACAGUUAUAGAAUUAUUUCCAUGGGUCUCAGAGUUUAAGAAAAUGUGUAAACGUAUAUACGCAGACAAAAGUAUGGCUUCUUUGGCAGAGCUUAUGCAGUAUUAUAUCAGAAAUGUAAGUAUCAGUGUGAAUGAAUGUUAUACAAAGCCUUUAAAAGCAGCCAAGCUGAAGGAUUCUAUUAGUGAAACUUUAUUUUUGUUCUUAUAUAUCUAUCGCGAGCUUUCUGAGGACCGUAAUAGAUUUAUUUACUUAAAUAACAUGUCCGAUUUAUUGGCAUUGUACAUAGAUAUGGAAUUAAAAGCUUCAAGAAAAAGUAAAGAAGAUCAUAGUAGAAUAUGUACAAGGCUUAUUUCUUGUCUUUAUAUAUAUCUAGAACAUUCUACCGAACAUUUGUUAGAUACUUUGAUAAAAAUACAGUUUAUGUGCCGGGGUUAUCACCGUAUUUUAGAUCCGAUAAUGAAAAAAGUAACUAAUAAAAUUCCAGCGCAUCCCGAAUCAAAUAUUAUGUACAUUCGUUAUCUUCUUAUUUAUUAUCUUUGGAGAAAGGUAAAUAGCGAUAUGGCCGUGAAAAGUCAAAUUACUACAACCGCAAUUGCCUCUCUGGGAGCACCACCAGCUGCUUUCCCACCGUGCGUGUUAGAAGAUGUAUUACCAAAAGUGCCAAAGUGUCAACCAAAUCCAGCAAGAUAUCUAAUGCAGCAGAAAUUUGACAUAAGAAAAUGCUGCGAAUUAUUUAUACAAUUCUGUAGAGAGACCAGAGAAGGUAUAUGGCAGAAAAAAAGUGAAAAUGCAACUACUACUCCAAACUUAUCCAAGAAAACUGCUUUACAACAGCUGGAAGUUACAUCACGCGAAAAUGAAAAUUUGGAUUGUAUAAAAAAUAAGUCCAAUCUUACUUUCUCAAAUAAGAAUACACAAAAUGACUCUGUUUUAUUAGAUAAUUUAAAAUCCUCAAAUUUAACAGAACAAACAAAUGUUAAACCUUUAGGCACGAUUUCUACAAAUAUUUCUGUAGCACGGACUAUUCUUAAGCAGAUAAAACCAAAAGUGCUUCCACAAAAGAAGGCUAAAAAAUCCAAUAAAAUUGUAAUAAUUGAUCUCACAACUGAUAUUGCUUUCGAACGAUGUAUAAAGAAGAGGAAAUCAAGAAAAGUUGCAUGGCUUGAAGAAGCUAAGAGAAAACUCGACACAAAAGCUAUAAGAGCGUCACAGAAGAUUAAGAAACAGCAGAUGGCAGAGAAUGUAACCUCCUUGAAGAAAAUGGCUCUCGAUCAGCAAUUGGAAGAUUUCCUUCAAUCCAUAUCUGCCACAGAAAAUACAUGUUUAAAGAAUAAUUCGAGUGCAUCUGCAAUAUGGGACAUAAAAUUAGAUAAUGAUAAAAUGAAAUCAAUACAAUAUUUUGAAACAGAAUAUAGAAGUACAUCGGUUAAUGGUAACACAAUAUCUACAAAACAAUUAAUGGAUGUGAACAGCAGUGACAAAAGUAAAAUUGUUGGGAUACCCCAAACAGUUUCUUCUUCUGUAAUCGUUGAUAGUCCACAGUCUAAUAAAUCUAAAAUUUCUACAAAAUUGUUAUUGGAUGUUUCAAAUGACACUAAUAACAUUAGUAAAUGCCAUGAUGUUAAUACUACUUUGGACGCAAAGAAUGAUGAAAAAAUGAACAAUAGAUAUAAUGCACAGACUGUGAUUAAACGACUGCUAGAAAAAGAUACUCCGCCUGAAAGUGAAACAUGUAAAAAAGUUGAAAGUUUAAGGAAAAUCUGUGAUUUAGGAACAGAGCACUCUAAAACUGUAAAUAUUCUUCCCGCGAUAUGUACCCAAAAUUCCAAAGAUGAAGAUGUUGAUUCUAAUCAUAAUGCUAAUUAUCUUAGUACAACUAAAGAUAAAUCCUUGUAUGUAAUUUCGUCUUCAAUACAUACGCAUUAUACAAAUGAUGAAAAAGAUGAAACAAUUGACAAAAGAAUAGAUGAUUUCAUUGACAAUGAAAAAUCUGCGCAAGAACAUAUUCAUAAAUUAAUGAAUAACAAAACGCAGUGUUUGAAAUCAACUGUAGUCGACAAUGAAUUAAAUAAAAAAAAAUAUGCAGUUUCCGCAAUAGCAGUUGAAACUUUUACUACAACAACUAUAAAUAAUCCAGAGGUACCAAUAAGUGAUGCAAUAGAAUCUGAACGGUUACAACACUUAUGCGUUACUGGAAAUAUAGAGCAACCAAAGGAGCCUGAAUCUCAGGAUGUAUCAGCAAGACACAAUAUUGCAAAUAAUACUAUAAGUCUUAAUAUAACGGAUGGAGACCAUUCUAAUGUACAAACAGAUUUAGAAGUUGGUACUUGCAUCAAAGUAAGCGAUAACAUAAGAAAUAGUAAAGCCUCUAAUCAUAAAAUCAGAGAAACUAUUUUUGAAAAUUGCACAGCUGAUAAGAAAAAUAUUUCUAAUAUCUUCAAUACAUCACUGUGUUCAAAAAAAGAAGAGGUUAAUGAUGAAAAAGAUAUCGACCUGAAAACAGAUCAUAAAGAAGGUGCACAACUCAAAUCCAAAAGGAAUUAUGAUAAAGAACAUAAUGUAGAAGAAUUAAAAAGAUCUUCUGUAUUGCAUACAAAAGUUGAUGAGAAAGAUCAUAAUUUUGACCAAACACAUGAUCAUAAACUACUGAAAAAGCUUUAUAAAAUAUCUCACACAAAAAGUAUUCGGGAUUCAUCAGAAGAUAAAUGUAUCAUUCAAGAUGCAGAAUUACAGGAUAAUAUAGACGGGCUUUCAUUAUUAGCCAAUGUUAUCGCAAGUCAACAUGUAUCUCAUCUAAAAACUGAGCGUGAAUUGCAAUGUGAACAAAUCAAAGUUAAAGAUUAUGCAUCGUUAAGAGAUUCUUAUAAUCAAACUACCGACGAUGAAGUCGGUACCAACGACCUGUCGAAUACAGUUUCUCAAAUUUUGGAAAACCCAACUGCUGACGUAAUCAAUAAAAUAGUUGGAAUUUAUCCAGAGGACGCAUUGGACAAAGUAGCGCUUCAUGUUGAAGUGACAUCGACAACUGAUAUAAAUCCCGAUGAUCGCGUAAACAAUUCAAGCAAUAGCGUUCCGCAUAUCGUUGAAACCACUAUAAAUUAUGAAACGGACACGUUGUCUAACAAUUUAAAUAUGGUAGAAAAUAAUGUGCAGUCGAUAAAGGAAAAUACGAACGUUAUAUUAAACGGGGAAACAGUUGUGCUCUUACAAAAGUCUCCCAAUAGCAAUUUAUACAUCAUCAAUAAAGCAGUAGAAAAUGCACGAGAUCACAAUAGCGACGAUGAGAAUUGUCCAGUUAAGGAGAAAAGUUGGAUGAUCCCACCAGAGAAUUGUGCAUCGUUUGAAGUCGUUAAUAUGUCGGAGCAUAUUUCUUUUAAUUUGGAUCUGCCGCAAUAUGGCAAAGAAUUAUCAUGUCAAGAAAAUAAGUUUUCUGUCGGCAGGAACAAGAGUAUAAAAAUCGAACCUGAGGAGGAAAGUAGUUUGAUGAGUAUCGCAGAGAUGAAAUCUUAUGGUAAGAAAGGUUCAUUGUCGGCCGACGUGACAUUACCCGCGACAUCGCAAAUUUAUCAGGACACGAAUGUUGCGAAUGUGAGCAUCAGCAGCAAGUCGAUCGAUAAACGAAAAUCCAAAUCCAUCCUUACUUAUAGACAGAAUAUUAAACAAGAGUUUAGCAAUCAUAUUACACCGAAUUGCGGAAUACAAGGAUGCAACGGAAUACAUACGCAUCCGCACGAAGUGAUUGAUUCGCAGCAUUCGUUACAUAUUCCAGUCACUCAUCCCACAACGAUAUCCUCGAUUUACGGGAAUUGUGCUGCCGGUACAGAUCUCUGCAUGCCGUAUCACAAGCAUUGCACUUCCGUAUCGUGUAGUCUACAAAUUAAUUCCACAACUUCGCUCCAUUCCCAUACAAAAUCUGCCAAUUCAUGCGGUAGAUCGCACUGCUCAUGCCUAAAUUGUACGUAUGAUAUAGUCACGCAUUGCAGACAGUGUAUACACCCUGCCACAGAUUCCCAUGUGUCUUGUAUUGAAAGUAAUUCUUAUUUUUUGCCCGCGCAUUCGUCAGUACAAACAUCCGCCGUCCAAGAGCACGAUAGGACAAAAAGUGAAGCGGUAAUAAGUAAAUUGUAUGACGAUCAAAUAUUGCGUAAAAUAGAGCAAAGAGUAUCGCUACAAAAUAAUACGUUGGAGAAACUGGACGUGCAAAGAGAACCGGAUAAGUUAUUCAAGAAAGAUAUGGAGAACAAGUUGCCGCUGAAAAAGAGAUUGAAGGCUCACGCCAUGAUGUCUAUGGUGUAUGAAAAGGUACCCAUCAAGGCGGAAAAAUUGGAUAACUAUCCUGGAAUUCCCAUGAUAUCCAUAGCAGCCUUAGAAGCAUUAGAUAGUACACAGAAGCAUCCUACACAAAUUAUUAAAUCAUCAUACGAAUUAUCCCCCACUGAAGAGGAGAAUAAUCCACAUGGCAGUUAUCACUUCAAUUCGAAUAUAGUGCGAAGGGAUUACUGCAAAGAUAUCCACAUUUCUAAUGCACAUCACAAUCUUGUGAAAGAAAGUACAAGAAAUCACGAACGCCAGUUUCGACCGAACGGUGAUCAGACUAACGCAGUGUGUCUGGAACGUUGUCAAGACAGAACGUUUAAAACACCUGCGCAGCGUAGAGACAUAACAGCAACGAAUCCGACAUCUCUGAAACGUAUAACUACAGAGACAAUGGAACAGGAUAGCACGUGUAAAAAGGCGAAAAAAAUGCAGUCAUCUAUUAGACAAACGAGAAGCUCAAAGAGAAACGUUCCUAAGGUAAAUUAUUGUUACACCGAUGUUGAUCCAGAAUGGAAUCCGUCCGGUGAGUCAAAACGAAGGCGUAAGAAGACUAGUCGAUGAUCAAUACUAUUUCAUUAUGAGAAGUCACUGCUGUAAAAAAAAAAAAAAAGAAAAAAC